GCGUGGCUCCGACGCCCGCUCAAUAAACAGGUUUAAAUAUCUCCGUGUGAGGCAGGGCCGGGCUGAGCUGCGGGUUAAUUACGGGUUAAUGAAGGGCAUUGCCCGACACCCUCAUGGCCGCCGCCCGCACCCAACAUGGCCGCCAGUGCCUCAGGGCCCGCCCCGUUCGCAUGCGCAGGGCGAUGCAGCGCGCGCUGAGGGCGCUGCUCCGGGAGCCGCCGCCAUGGCGACCCGGCCGCCCCCCGCCCGGCCUGAGGGGCCCGGCCCGCAGAGCCCCGGGACAGCUCUGCGGUCCUGCCCGUCCGCUCUGCACCGCUCCGGGACAGCUCUGGGGCCAGGCCCGCCCGCUCUGCACCGCCCCGGGGCCGCCGCCGGCCACGCACUAUCGCCUGGUGUACACCUGCAAGGUGUGCCAGACCCGCUCGGCCAAAUCCAUCUCUAAGGCUGCCUACCACCGAGGGGUGGUGAUCGUGACGUGUCCUGGCUGCGGGAACCACCAUGUCAUCGCCGAUAACCUGGGCUGGUUCUCCGACCUGGAGGGAAAGAGGAAUAUCGAGGAGAUCCUGGCAGCCAAAGGGGAGAAGGUGAGACGUGUGGCUGGUGAGGAAGCCCUGGAACUGCUGCUGGAAAGCUCGGCAGAGCCCGGGCCCCAAGGUCAGCUGGCAGAGGGGGAUGGCGGAGAAGCCCCCCCAGAUCCUGGCAGCAAGGGACACACCUGACACGAGGGAGUGUGGCCUGUGGGACAGAUGUGACACGUGACAUUGUGGCCUGUUGGACAGACCUGCCAUGUGAGAUUUGGGUCAUUCUGCUUCUGGGGCAAGAGACUGUUCACCUUCAUUCUCUGAUUUCAACUGUUUGUUUUUAAAAUAAACUUGGGCUUGGGUUUUC